AUGUCUCUCAACGUGCUCAUUGUUGGCGCUGGAGUCUGUGGACCAGCUAUCGCAAUGCUUCUCCAAAGGUCUAAUCCACAACACAACAUCACUAUUGUGGAGCGUUCUCCCACGUUACGAUCUACAGGCCAGCAGAUUGACUUGAAGACCCAAGCUCCCCAUAUCCUGAGGAAGAUGGGUCUACUAGACGAAAUCAGGGCACGUUGUGUGAAUGAAACAGGCCUUGAGAUGGUGGACUCUUCAGGGACGCAAAUAGCCUACUUCGGUGCCUCUGCCUCUGGCCAACGUGGUCCCGGUUUGACCAGCGAGUAUGAAAUCAUGCGUGGUAAUAUGGUGCAGGUCCUAUACGAUGCCAGCAUCAAGCAAAACGCGGCGUUAAAACUCGGUCCAGGGCAAGAGAUAGCCUAUUUAUUCGGCCAGACUAUCACAUCUCUGGACCAAAGUGCACAGGGUGUGGAUGUGACUUUCUCAGAUGGACGGACGCAACGGUAUGACCUCGUUAUUGGGGCCGACGGACAGCACUCGCGGACUCGACAACUUGCCUUUGGCCGGGAGGUGAGCGAUGCCGCUUUCAAAUCUCUCGGAAUUCAUGGUGCUUACUUUAGCAUCCCUCGAAUUGAUGGGGAAGGUACUUUGGCCAGAGGUCACCUCGCCCCCGGAAGAAAAAUGAUAAUGACUCGGACGAGCGAUCGUCCCGUUACGGGAGCACUUCUUUUCACCAUGAAAGAAUCGCCGAAAUUGAAGGCAUCUUACAAAAAAUCGUUGAAAACCCAGAAAGAGGCAUUUGUCGAGGCCUUCGAAGAUAUGGACUGGCAGACCGACCGGUUGAUUAGUGGGUUGAAGGAGUCCGACGACUUUUAUGCAAACGAGCUAGGCCAGAUCAAAAUGAACCAACUAUCUACUGGUCGGGUCGUGCUUCUGGGAGAUGCAGGGUACUGCCCCAGUCCUUUCACUGGCCUGGGGACUAACCUGUGCCUCGUAGGUGCAUAUGUGCUCGCAGGGGAGUUGGCACGGCAGAGGAACGACGUUAUGGGGGCACUAAAGUGUUACGAAGAAAAAAAUGCGGCCCUUCAUUGUCGAGUGUCAGCAAAUCUCUCAAACGACUCUGGGGUUUCUCUUCCCAUCUUCGCGACUAGGCAUUUGGUCUAUGAAUAA